UACACUCUGAAGCCUGGAGUUAAAAUACAUUUUCUGGUAACCUUUGCAGUGGAAGUAAGAGAUGCAUGAAAAGUAUGAGAAUGGGAGCAGAGCGCAGGACAGUUACUGUUCUAAUAUGUUAAUUUAAACAGACCAAAGCAGAGCCUUGAGCAAAUGCAGCAGUCGAGCAGAAAAAAAGUGGGAGGAAAGACCGAACAUGAUUGCAGGAGAUAACUUGGAGAGAAAGGAGGGAAAAGGAAGAGAGACAUAGACCUAAAAUGAGGGUAGAAGGAGAGGAAGCCCUCCCGGAGGAGCUCAAAGGGAGCCAGACAAAAAAUUGUUCUUGAGUUGCAUACUUUUCACUGCUGGACACUUGUGGUCACAAACAGAAGAAAGUCUAAGGAUUCAGGAGGAGGAAGAGGGUUUUGUCUCAGGGCAAAAUCCCAAAGGAAACCUGGCAAACUGUGUUACCUGUCCUGGAAUGACAGGACCCCCAAUCUCAGACAGAAGAGGACCCAAACCAAGAGGACAGCUACAAGGAACAAAGAAGCUCAUAAUCAUAUGAAUCUGGUGAGCAAACAUGAUUUGUCCAUUUCUUCUUGAGAAGAAGUAAUAAGAAAAAAAUCAAGAGGAGAAAACACAGGGAAACGACUCUGAUUUUGUAAGAAAUAAAAGAAACAAGCCUUCUGCUCAUAGCCUUACAAAUGUCCAAGUCGUCCUCCCGUCUGUUUAAAUCUGGAAGAAGUAUGUGUCAGAGCCCGCUUUUGGUAAAGGAGCUGCCUUGCAACCGUUCAUGCAUGUUACGGACUGGAGAGAGGCUCAUGAGGGCAGGCAGUGAGGGAAACCUGCUCUGGCAACAGAGUGUCAGCCAUGAAAGACGCCCGUCUUUAGCUGGAUUAGUGCAAAAGGCAAACUGGCCCAUGGAGUGUGCAGCCCCACAACACAAACCUACAGAGAAACCAGGAAGUGACACCUGCAAAGAUCUGAGCAACAGUCAAUGCAAAGCAUGUUCAUCGUCCAACUCUACUGAAGACAGCAAUAACUGCAGCCAGCAGUUAAACACAGACCCUUCCAGUGCUGGGCCAGACUCCCAGUCUUCCAGUACCUUACCUCAAAGGUGUUGUGCCGUGGUGCCGCAGCCUCACAUUGGAGCCAUGAAGGAGGAGCUCCCAGAGCAGGAGGAUCAUCAUCAGACCGCAAUCAUCAAGACCUGCACAGAAGAAAAAGAAAAACCUCUGCAAACCUCUGAAGGUGUCCAUGUGGACCAGAACCCUCCAGCUUCAGAGAGAAUGUGGGAUGGAGAGGCGCCAGGCCCCUUUAGAAGGGGCUGUCAAACCCGUGCCAGCCUGCCUGCAGGGCACUGGAGCAGCCACCAAGCUGAGCGUCCGUUAGGUGUGCUGUAUUUGCAGUAUGGUCAGGAGACCCUACAGGUGAAGAUGCCUGCAGAAAUCAGCUGUCUGGACUCUGUGCACGCUCUGUUUGCCACUGCCUUCCCCUACCUGACCAUGAAGAUGCUACAGUCUCCUAACAUGGGCAUCUGCAUCAAAGACAUCAACUGCAAUGCAUACUACGACAUGAAUGACAUAAGAGACAUCAAGCCCUAUUCCUGUCUGAAGGCUUAUCACAAGGACCCCAGACAGGUCUUCCACCCCUGCAGCAGGUUUGACGAUGGCAAAAUUUCUAAAGAGGUGUUGUACGGCAACCAUGGUCAGCUCAACAACCAGUCCUGCUCCACCUUGACUUCAAGCAUCCUGCAGGGGUCGAUGUCCCCACCAGUGGUGCGCUCCAUGCCCUCUUCUCCAUCCAGGAGGACAUACGGUGGCAGGGGUACAGGUGGGAGAAGAGGAACAUCGCAGUCAGGAAGUUCCACACUACCUCGGGAAAGCUUUUCAAGGGGAGGUCAAUCCAGCACCUCCUGCAGCAGUGUCAUUUUAGAAAGGAGAGAUGUAAUGCCUGAUAACCAACUCAGUAAUAAAAGCAGAGCCUUGUUGCUUUGUGGAGAUGGAGGAGUUCCUUACCCAGAGUCCUGCCCUUCCAUGGAUAGGACAGGAAGAGGUCACCUCAGCAUGACCUCCUCCCAGUGCGGUGCUCCCCCCGCAGACUCGGUGGAUGUGUCUGUCCGAGGGAUCCCGGGCGGACUGCCGCAGUACCGUGCUUCCAUCAAACCAUUGAUGGACCAUGCAGAUUACCAGUCACUGCACAGACAGAAAUGCAGAGGGUAUGGAGACAGUCAUCUUCCCCCACUGGGAGGCAGAACCCCUCCGAUGUCCCCCCACAGAACGAACGAGUUGAGGAUGAUGGAAGAGCAGAUGUGUGGAGGCUGGGGCCUGAUGUCUGCAGAGAUGUCACCCAUCCCGUGCUUUCUGCAGCGGGAAAGUGAUUUUGCGACAGCGGAUAUCAUGAGCAGAAGUAGGGGCUCUUCUUCUUCUGCAUCGUCUGUGUUUGUGGACAGUCCCCAGGGACUCCCAACGAGCCUUGGGACAACCAGCAGCGCAUACAGUGAAAAAAUCAGUGCCAUGGAGAGGCAAAUAGCCAGCCUGGCGGGACUGGUCCACCAGGCUCUGUCUAUGGGAUCCGAUGUGGCUCCUGGGUUUGAUGAAAGGCUUGAGUCUGUUUCAAAUGGGAAAUCAGAGGCUCGUUUCACAGUUGACUGUGACCUUGCUGAAGAAAACCUCAACAACAACAUACUUGCUGCUUCGGUUACAAACCCUGACCUGAAUCCUCUGGCUCUUGUCGCUCAUCUGCCUGGAAACGGGCUGUGGCGGGGUUUGAUGGAAGCACAGAAACAAAUUUCUGAACUGCGACUGCAACUUGGAAAACUCAGGUCUACACAGCUUUCAAACAUGGACACCAUCAAGUCAAUGCUGAUGAUAGCCCGUCAGGAGCUGGUUGUGCUGAUGUUUGAUCGACUGACUCGGCUGGAGAGGGUGAGGAAUCAAAGGAGAGCGUUGGUGGAGGAAGACCGGCUUCACUACCUCACUAACGAGGAGAGACUCCUCACACAGCUUUGUGAACUGGAGAGGUACGUUCAGCGCUUGCAGAGCUCCGGCUCCUAUCCUGGCCAGCCAGCAGUCACACUGAGUGAUGUGGAGAAGGCGGCGGUGAGCCUGCGGGAGCUCGGGGAGGCACUCGCAAGCCUGAAAAAUGAGUUUCCAGAGCUGCAGAGGAAGUUGCAGUCAGCACUAACGCUGGAGGUGGAGGCAGUGAGGUUCCUGAAGGAGGAGCCUCAGAAAAUGGACUCCAUGUUAAAGCGGGUCCGAGCGCUGACUGAAACACUCAGCUGUAUGCGCAGACAAGUGUCAGGGUCGUCCAGGUCAGCCAGAGCAGACCCACUCAAGCAGGGACCCCCGACAAUCCACAGCCCUCACAGUUCACCGACUCUCCAGCCUCGAUGCUCAGUUAAAGUCCCGCCCUUUUCUGUGAAUCUGACAAGUUCAGCCUCUCCUGCCACAGCCCGCAGAAUGAGCACAGAGGCCACCCACCAUGACCACAACACUUCCUUUACACCCAAUUUGAGACCGGACUCAUCCGCUGCGAUGCAGGCCCCACCAGGAAACAUCCAGGAGCAAAGCGACAACCUCAAACGGAAUGGUUGAAGCCAGGAGAGAGUAACAAAACCUGGCUGAGAAGUUCCACUGGUGGGACAUUCCACGAUGGUUGUGGGAGAACCGCAGAAGACUGUUCGGUGAACCCAGCUGUUACAGAAGAGAUCAUCUGUCCAAACGAACGUUUGUCAUUUGUAGGGUUUUUACUUUUUGGACUGUUAACUUAUUACAGGAAAAUGUCAAACUGUCAUACACUAUGAGUUUUUUAUGAUUUAGAAAGUCAUUAUGUCACCCAGCAAAUCAUUCCAAAGAUUUCUGUGUGAACAAUCAGAAGAACAAAAUGUUGAGAUUGUUUUUGUGUGUGUGGAAUUUGUAUUACCCUGACCAGGUAGCACGUCUGCACCGUUACAACCGAAGUUAAGAUAAGAUCUGGAUGAAACAUUCAAACAUUGCUUUAGUGUUUCUAAUGGUUUAACUGGAUGAAUUCAGAAAUUUUUAUGCAAAUAGUUUUUUUAACGAUUUAUAAAUUUGAUAAGGAACAUGGUUUAAUUCAACAAGAUUUAACUCAACUUCUUGAAUAAAAUGUUUCUUUUAACAAAUUA